AAUGGAAGUACUCAGAAGAGGAACAUGGGAAAGGGUGGAGAAGAAAGAAAAGGCAAACUGAUUUUCAGGCCAAUUAGAUGACCCAUUUUGCAUUCUCCUCAAGUAGGAAUUCAAGGGAAAUUAGAGUAAGAAGCACAUACACACCAAAACCACAACACAAUUUCACUCAAAUCACAUAAUUCACAUCAAGUUACAUUACAUUAGAUAUCAAGGGAGGAAUAAAAAAACAAAAACUUAUUCUAUACCCUGUGCACACCCAAAACAACCAGUAAAAACCCAGUAAACUGGUUAAUCCCCAUGUUUUUCCCUCUUGGUUUUUCUUUUUCUUCUGUUUGUUUUAUCAUUUAUAGGCGAGUUGCCAAUGUGUACUUACACUCUAAGGAAUUUCAUAUAGUAGGUUCUGUACAAAAUUACAAAUCAAGGCAAAAUGUGAAUCUGAAGAAAGGAAGAGAUCCGAAACCACACGAAUGAGAAGACAAACUAAAGAAUGACACACACUACGAAGCACAAACUGCUUGUGAGUAUUAAGGUAGGGCUCCUCUAGGAGAAGAAAGAAAAUUUUGAGGGAGAAAAAUAGAACUCAUGACACCUUGUUAGAUGUGUCUGAGAGGCUAGAAUGUUCCUUAACAUUCUAGACCAGGGAGAUGCAGAUCUCGAAAUGCCUACUUGUAAAAUUUCAGGCUAGGAUGGCUGCAAUCGGACAAACUUUGUUAAAAAAAAAAACAAUCAAAUCAAAUCAAAACUUAAUAGGAGCUAUGUUGCUCAAGCAACUGAACAAUGAGAUAUGAUGCCUUUAGACCAUUGGAAAUCAGUAUGUGAAGUGAUCAGAGGGUUUCAUUAUAGACUAUGAAGGAGGACUCUUUUGCAGGCUGGUGGUUUUGAAGUAGUGUCAGUUGGAUUGGAAGAAGGGGACUCCAUUCCAAGUGUUUUUAGUAGGAAGUUCCUUUCCUGAUAGAGAAAAAAUAAAUAAAUAAAAGCAGUCAGUUAAA